AUGGCCAAUUCUAAGUAUUCUUAUGUUAGAGAGUUUGAGCAGGAUUCCACUCUGUUAAAUGAUUGUUGGAUCGUGGUUAGGGUUGAUGGGAGAGCCUUUAGCGCCUUUAGUAAUAGGCACGAUUUCCGAAAACCUAACGAACCUAGAGCUCUUUCCUUAAUUAAUUCUGCCGCAAUCCAAGUAAUGUCAGAAUUUGACGAUAUUGUUCUAGCAUAUGGCCAUUCUGAUGAAUAUAGGUACUUUGAACAUCUUUUAUAUUCAUUUCCUGUAGUUUUCUGUUUAAAAGAGACACUAAAUUGUAUAAUAGACGGAAACAGUAUGUUUGCUAAGUUUAAUACUAAUAUAUAUACCACGGUGAAAAUAUUAUCAUGUGUUGUGUCCCUGUUUACAUCGUCAUAUUGUUACUAUUGGAGUACAUUCUUCCCGAAUACACCUCUUUUAUCAAUUCCUUCAUUCGAUGGAAGAGUUGUUCUUUAUCCUACACAUCGUGCAGUUGUCGAUUACUUUUCAUGGCGCCACGUUGAUUGCCAUAUUAAUAAUCAAUAUAAUACCUGCUUUUGGUGUUUGAUAUUGGACGGUAAAAGUAAUGACGAGGCAUAUAAUUGGUUAAAAGGGACAACCAAGGUGGAAAAAAACGAAUAUCUUUUCACAACACAUAAACUUAACUAUAAUAAUUUACCAAAUAUCUUCAAGAAAGGGACUACAUUAGUAAAAUCCACUACCAAAGCUGUAAACGUUGAUGACGAAAAUUGCCUUAAUUAUAACACGUUCGAUCAGUUGGAUAAUCUGAGUAGAAGAGAAUUUAGUGAGGGUCUGGGAGAGGAUUUAGUGGACAAAGAAAGAAAGAUUUGGCUCGAAAUUAGUCCUUCAGAACUAAAUGAACUUGAAUUCAAGGUUAAAGAGAAGGCCUCUGAACAUAAUAUACUGGUUUUACAUUGUGAUAUCGUUAAAGAUUCCUUCUGGGAAUUGGUAUCACCUUUAAUAUCAGAUUAA